GAAAAAAAAAAAUAUCUUGAUGCUUUGAUGCUUUCUAUUGUGAACUGAACAGGAGGUGAAUGUGUUGUGAGAAUAAUGAGAGACAUAGGAAUGUGUUGAGUGAAUUGAUGGAUCAGCAUACUGAAACAAAAAUGUUUUCCGGAAAAAAAAAUGUAAACAGGAGUUUUAAUAUUUGUCAGACAUCAAAUAUCAAGCAUUCAGGCAAGGCUCUUAUUUUGCCAUUCAUUGUCACACUCUUAUUAGCAAUCCUCAUUGCCUUAGGUGAAAAAGGGAUAGGGACUAGAUGCAUUCAGGUUUACCAUUGCUUUUGUGCUUUUGCCACAUAGCUGUCUCUAAUGAGUGCAAAGACGCGACAAUGUGCCGGGUUCUGGAUGUCCUUCUGGCUCUGCUAAGCCGUAUCCUGUUUGCAGUGCAUGGCGUCGUGACAGUGUGGCGUGUUGUGGUGGUGAAGGGAGAGCCUUGCUAUUGGUUGCUGCUCAUGGGAGUGGCACUGCUGGGUGUCGAGAUGGCUGUUACUAUGAAAUGCACCCGCAACGCAGAGUGGAAAUGGUUCUCACCUAUGGUCUUCCUUUAUCUCAGUACUGUGAUUCCUUCUAUCUGGUUCCUGGAGCUGAACCUGCUGCAGUUCAAGCUGUCAAUCAACUCGACUUCACCUGAUCUUCUUCUUCUAUCUAAUACUCCCAUAGCAGCGGGAUUAGCAGACUUGGAACCUGAGAACUGGGUGGCCGGUUUGGAGCAGACCAUGCUUAUUGUUCUGGUACUAGGACGCUGGCUCAUGCCCAAAGGUGACAUGUCACGUGACCAGCUUUCACAACUCCUGAUGGUCUAUGUGGGCCUGGGCGCAGACAUCCUGGACAUCUUUGACACUUUCAAGGAGCCUGAAGUAAAAACCAAUCAUUCUGUAAUAAUUGUGGGGCUUAGCCUGUUCUCCUGGGCUUUAAUGCAAUUCCCUUUGGUUUUGACACAAACAAAUCCCGCUAAACCCCAAACAAACAUCCACAAUAAAAUCAGCAGACCUGAGUUACAGCCCUGCUCCUAUACCUCCUGUUGCUCCAGUGAGAUCUGGAGCCUUCUUCUUACUGUUGGUCUCCUGGACGGCCCAUUUCUCGUGUACCGCCUCUACUUGAUGCUCAGAGAAAACGUUCAGAACCAGCUGAUGAUCUUCUUCACAUGUAAGAACAUCCUCAUUGUCAUGCUGGAGCUUUACAGGAUUGGUGUGGUACACUUUGAGCUUCACAGGCCUGGGGGAAAAGACAGAUCACCUGAUGAACCUCAAAGACAGAUAGAAAGACCUGAAGGUGAACAAUUUGAUGUUAUCGUGUCUGGCCGCCAAGUCGUAAAUGAAAGUAUUGAUGUAAGUUGAUCUUUUUGAUGUAGAGUUCGAGUUAAGUUUAGUUGAGAAUCUGCAGUACUGUGAGUAAACAGAUUUUCAACAGUCACAUGAAAGGCAUAGUAAGUUUCAACCUCUCUUACUCCAAAUUCCUUAAAACCAUGAGAUAAAGAGGCUACUGUAUGUGUUCAUAGACCUUCAUAGAUGCAUUUUAGCUUUCCACAUUUCCAUGAAUGUUCAAUCAUUCAUCUCCAGUUACCUGUGUUACAUUGGUCAGGACUAAGGUCAAUCCAGAGCGUUUCCCAGGAAUUCUUCGCACCAGGAGAGAGAAAAAAAAACCCUGGCUUAUACAUCACCUAAGAUACCUCAAACUUUCCAGUUUUCAAUUCUAAUUAUGACUUUCCAAUAUUUUUUCUUCCUACCUGCUCUUUCUAAC